UUCUGUCAGCUCCAUUCGACCUGGGAAGGUCCAAGUCUCGUGUCUGCGGUCGCCGCCUCACAGCUCCAGGAUGGUGGUGUAAACAUUCCACACGCGUCACCGUCUCGGGCACGCCUGACAGUUGUCUACGCCGUCGUGCUGGCGCAUUCACGAGAUCUGGGAGGGUGACGAUGCGUGCCGUCCUCUCUUCCCUUCUCUCCCCUCGUCGGCUCGAAAUCCAUUGUAUACCCCGUUGGUUGUUUGUAUAUGUACAUGCCUACCACAACAAUACAACUUGCGAAAUCUGGACAAAGAAACUCUCUUCAAUUGGGGAUGGGAGGGUGCAAAAGUUGUGUGAUUACAACAUUACAUACAUGGUGGCUAGAUGUUUGGUGGACGCAGGCUUACAUGUAGGCGCGGCGGCGAAUAGGAGGAUGCUAAGUGUCCAUAAGAAACGACAGUUGUAG